AUGGCUGUCUCAGUAAGGCAGCCUAUUGACGUUGGAGCCCUCGAGGCCUACAUAGGUCAGCACGUGCCAGGCAUCAAGGUGCCCCUGGACGUGAAGCAGUUUGGCUUUGGCCAGUCCAAUCCAACCUACCAGCUCACCAGUCCAGAUGGCUCCCGCUACGUGCUUCGCAAGAAGCCUCCCGGCAAGCUGAUUUCCCAGGCUGCACACAAGGUCGAGCGCGAGCACCGCAUCAUUGAGGCCCUCGGUCCUACUAAUGUCCCAGUGCCAAAGACAUACUGCUUGUGCGCGGAUGGCUCCGUUGUUGGCACACCAUUCUACAUCAUGGGAUUCCUGGACGGGCGGAUCCUGGAGGACGCAGGUAUGCCGGGCAUGACUGCCGAGGAGAGAAGCAGUCAUUGGAAGGCGGCCGUCAAGACUCUAGCCAAGUUCCACAGGGUCGACUUUAGAAAGGUUGGGCUAGAGGACUUUGGAAAACACAGCGACUUUUAUGACCGGCAGGUCGCGACGUGGCGGCACAUAUCAGCAGUAGGUGUUUUCACUUCAUGUUGCCUCAAGUCUGUGCUGAUCAACCCCGCCAAGUCUCAAGAACAAGUGGUAGACGUCAAGACAGGGGAACCCGUCGGGCCCAUCCCUCAUCUCGACGAGAUGCUUGCCUUUUUCUCCGACAAGCGUUAUCAGCCAAAGGACCGCGCCACACUCGUCCACGGCGACUACAAGAUCGACAACAUGGUGUUCCACCCUAGUCGCCCGGAAGUGAUCGGUCUUCUCGACUGGGAGAUGGCCACUGUCGGUCAUCCGCUCCUGGAUCUGGCCAACAUGAUCCAUGCGUUCCAUUUGGGUCCCCUGCAGGCUAAGCUGGGCUUCCUGUCCGACACCUUCAGACCGGGGACUACGCCUGGCCUGCCGACGCCAGACGACAUCAUGGACUGGUAUAGCGAGGAGUCGGGCUGGUAUCCGAAUCCAGACAUGGCUUGGGCCGUUGCGUUUGCUGUGUUUCGCGCGUCAGCCAUCAGUCAGGGCAUUGCGGCCCGGGUGGCUGGCAGGCAAGCGACGAGCUUGGUCGCGAAGCAUUACGCAGAAGCUUUCAAGCCGCUCGGGGAAUAUGCUUGGGAACUCGUUCAGAAAGAGAGGGACAGAGUGACUAGGCAGGCUCGUCUGUCGUGGUUCUUCAAGAUGGCAGACUUCCCCCAGUUCUCCCAACUAGCCCCUGAGCUGAAGCUGCUGAUCUGGGACAACGCGGCCAAACUUCAGGACUACCCCUACAACAUCCUCGAGCAGCGCAACGGCUCCGACAUUGAAAGAAUACCCAGCCUGCGCGUCAUUGGCGCCGUCCACUCGUCCGUCAGCCAGGUCAAUCUUGACGCCAACGCAGCCCGCACGCUCCGCGUCGACUACGACACGUCCAUUCUAUACCUGGGGUUUAUCUUCGACGAGCCCUGGGUCCUCACCGACCCCAACAACGACCAGCUCGUCCUGCACGACCCGGAGCCAUCAUGGUACUCCAUCAGCAAGAGCUGCUUGAAGAAGGUGAAGCACGUCGUCAUCGCCUGGCACAGCCUGUCCCUGAUGUACAGCAUCCACCGCCUGGCGCAGGACCUGCCGAACCUGGAGACCAUGGUGUUGGACAAGACGUACUUCAACUCCGUCGACCCCUUUGGCGAGACGUGGGAGUGGGACGCCUACUGCAAUGCGGAUGACCUCAAGAGGACGCCUGCGCGUCGAGCUCGGUAUGUACGCGCCGUGUUUGACCAGACGCCCGCCGAUGAUGUGAAUCGCGCGUGUUCAGAGGAGGUGGCGCUAGAGAAUGAUGUGGCUAGGGAGUGGGAGAAGCCGCCCACCAUUCGCAUCAUCACCAUGGGUCCUCGAUUUUGGUGGCAGUAG